AUCCCCAACAGGUGGCUAAAAAAAACUGUAGAGGUUGUACGCAUAGAUAUAUUAAAUCGAACAGUAUACUGAUAGCAUUUUUGCAUUUUUAUAUUGUUUAUUAUUAUUACAAAAUGAAAAAAAAACAUCUCCGUCUAUGGUAGAUAUAUAGUAAAGUUGGCCAAUAUACUAUUGAAUAGCUCUCUAUACAUACUUGUAGCCCCAUCGGUAACCAUAGUUUGUGGGCUGUAUUGUGCCAUUGAUCCAGCCAUUCAACUUGCGCGCCUCAUUCGUAAAGUGAAUAUAAUAAUCGCCGUAGUGGUAAUCUACCAUGCUAAGCGCAUCGUGGUAAUCAAUAUUGUUUAGCUGCUGGUCCAUGACCUUGGUGUCUGUGUCGUUGACAAUAAUCGUCGUCUCGUACACCUUAUUGGUGGACGGGAUAAAGUUGAGAGGGUUCAACUUGGGCUGGCCAUUGUCAAAGGUACCUGAGAGAAAGCCGACUUCUUUGCCAUUGCCAUCCUGCAGGACCACUUUGAAAGAUCGGCCGUACUUGUCGCCCAUGAUAUCUUUCAGGUCGGCAUCGGUUAGCUUGCCGGCGCUGACGAUGUUCUUCGACUUGGUUGCCGUAGCCUUGACUUCGACAACAGCAGUUGGGUCUUCGUCAGAAAGAUAGGCAGUUCCGUGGGCGGCCUGGUUGCCACCAGCGCCUUGGCGAGCUGGUCCGUCGGUGCGGUCGUGGAUGAGAUCGGUGCUUCGUAGGAGAGUCUCUGCCGACACGUAGCUAGCCAGCGAGGCAGCAAGGCAAGUGAUGAGGGCCGCCUUCAUGGUAGAAUUUAUUGUUGUUUAGUCUGAUUAUACUAAUGGACUUGGAUUGGUGUUUUAGAAGCGACUGUUGUUCUGGAGAAGUAAUUUGCGAUGAUAAAGGCAAUGAUGAAGAGAACCACGCUUCGAGAACUGCUCUGGCAUCCUUGCUUUUUAAAUACAAUUGCCAUUUCUUAAACCCCGUCGCUAAACUUUCUCCUCAAGGCUAGUAAGGCAUUCCCAAGAAGAAACAAAUCAAGGCAACUGUUACUCGUUGCUCCCUUGACUGGAAUGCAAAGACUGGGCAUACCGGGCUGCGGCAACACCACACAGGCUCUGGGGGCCGAAACCUUAGUUAUGUUUUCGCCCUUGGCAAAUGCCCUCGUCCAAUUGAGGGAUACUAAAAAUAUACAUGGAACCAAGAGAGUAUCUCGUCUGUUUCCUCUCUUUGGCAGCCACCAGACUCCAACGUGGACUUGUCUCAUUGACUUGGAUAAAUGCGCGUUGGCUUGGGCGGUGCCAUUACUUUUGUUGUUGUUGAAUCGGUGAAACACCGCCACAAGAAGGGUGGCUUGCUAGCUGACAGCCUUGCCGGCGCCUUUCCAAUACUUGGCUGUGCCUGUAAAUGAAGCAGCACAUGCAAUGCAUCUUCCCAUCAUGCAUGCACGCAGCGUAUAGCGACUAUUGAAGGCCCAGAAUAAGGUCCGCCGCUUCCAAUUGAUCCAACACGGAUAAUUACAAGUGCUUUGUUUGGUUCGCCCACUCCGCUCGGCCCCCAAUAACGGGACUUGACCCCCGUUCAGCUUACAUAUCGGUGCAGAGAACCGGAGAUGAGCUUGCUGCAGGUGAGCGAAUGGUAUGCUUGGUGCUAUUCUGCCUGCGGCGCAAACCUUAUGCUAGGAGAUGGAGACAAAAGAGAGAGAAAAAAAGGAUCCCUGGCUGCUGCAGAAGAACCUUGCUGCAAAAAGUGACACCACCCUCAAAGUUACUAGCGCGGCGUGGCAAGGCAAGGUAAGGCACAGGCAAUUGCGCCGAUCCGCCACAACUUUGGUCCGCGCCAGGACAACAGUUGUUCCGAUUAUCAUCGCUUGCAUCCGUUCACAAUGUGACGCUCUUGCAGGCUGGCGCAGGCUGCGCCAGGCGAGUGCCACGAGAGAAAAAUGUUCCCGGAGGGUGCAACUCGACGGAGAUUUUGCAAGAACCGCGUACUUGGCGUUGCUUUCUGUGUCGUCCAGAAUGCUACUGUGGUACGUAUCGUAGCCGUAGCAAGUAAGUGAAUUGGUGAGCUAGCAAACCUUACAUGGGACGCCGGGCUGUCCAUUCAGGUCCUCGCUUGCUUUGCUCGCUUGCGACAGUAGUCAACUUGAGACUAGUAGCUGGCAAGCUAAGCUACAAGUUAACCCCAGUGUCACAGUCACAACGUAUCCAAAUACAAAUGGUACUUGCUUACUGUAGCUAGCCCAAGUCGAUCCCGCUAGCACAGAGGAACAAAACAGGGCAAGCAAGCAAAAUCCCCAUCGUCAUCGCGUAACGCUUUGCAAUGAUACUGCCAAGUUCUUCCUCGACUUGCUCUUCUGUAGAACGGAGUUUCUUGUUCUCCUUUUUCUCCGAAAGAAAAAAAAACUCAAAGGACCCUUGUAAUACCCAUCCUCAUGCAACUGCCGCGUGGGUGCGCUGCCCCAUGAUUUCCAGUUCCCCCUUUCAGGCAUAGCGCCGGCCUGUUUACCACUCUAGAAUAGCGCUUCGAAGAUGUUGUUCCCCAGUGUCGUCGCAAUCGAGGAUUCCACAUAUUUUUUGCUCCAAUAAUCAGCCACUCUUAGCAAUCCAUUCGUCCCUAAACCCCCACUCUCGUCCUCGAUAUUCUGCUGUCUGCCACACCCGCAAUCUCACGCCACAACGGCUUACCCUCCCGUUUUCGGUCGGCUUGCCCAUCCCGCUAUCCCUGCUCUGCAAGAGGGCGCCGAUCUACAGUUGGGAUGCCACAAGGGCUAAAAGCUAGAUUCGUUUAUCCUCGCAUCUAGUGGACGGCUUGGGCCCAUGUCGCCCAUCUGCACCUCUCCACCACCCCGUGGCAAGCAAGACGGCUACCCAAGCCAGCUAUACACAAGCGAGCCACAGCGAACCAACCUUAUUAGGUGCCAUGCGGCACUGCAACUACAAGUAAAGGGGCGCAUCCGCAGCCUGCAUCUGUGAAUCUGUCUCCAUCCGUGUCUUCUUUUCUUUUUCUCUUCCUUCUUCUGUAAAACACCAGUCAAGGAAAUCAAAAAGACGUCCACAUCACCAUGACGGACGCUCCUACUAUGCCGCUGCACCGUGUCUUGGCUGUUGCGCUUGGCGCCGUGUCUGCUGCCAAUGCCAUUGGAUGCCCCUACGUUGCUGGCAAUGGCAAUGCCCCUGCCGCCGUCGGCAACUCGCAUCGCAUUCGCCAUCCCGAGGCCAUCAUCACCGGCCGAGCUUCGCCAGACGGGCCCGACUUCGGUCGAUGCCCUCGCAAGAGCAAGGUAGCUGGUGGAGGCACUCGCAGCGAGGAUUGGUGGCCCUGUGAGCUGAACCUCGGCGUCUUGCGCCAGAAUGCCGACAAGGUCAACCCCAACGGUGGUGACUUUGACUAUGCUUCUGAGUUUGCAAAGCUCGACGUUAAGCAGCUCAAGAAGGACCUCACCGCGCUCCAAAAGGACUCCAAGAGCUGGUGGCCCGCCGACUUUGGCGACUACGGACCUUUCUUCAUCCGUCUCGCCUGGCACAAUGCCGGUACCUACCGCGCCAUUGACGGCCGUGGAGGCUCUGGCAUGGGCCAGCAGCGCUUUGCUCCCCUCAACAGCUGGCCCGACAAUGCCUCUCUCGACAAGGCCCGUCGUCUGCUCUGGCCUAUCAAGCAAAAGUACGGCAACAAGCUGUCUUGGGCCGAUCUCUUUGUCUAUUCUGGAAACGUCGCCAUGGAGAACAUGGGCUUCCCCAGCUACGGCUUUGCUUUCGGCCGUGUCGAUACCUGGCAAUCCGACGAGGGCAUCUACUGGGGCUCUGAACAAGACUUCUUCCCCUCCAAGAAGAGCUCGGCCGAUCGAUACGGUGGUGACGAAGACAUCUAUGAGCGCGCCAACAAGCUGGAGGAUCCCUUGGGUGCUGCCAACAUGGGUCUCAUCUACGUCGACCCCGAGGGUCCUGAUGGAAACCCCGAUCCCAAGGCUUCUGCUCUGGACAUUCGCAUGACCUUUGGCCGCAUGGGAAUGAAUGACGAAGAGACUGUCGCUUUGAUUGCUGGUGGCCACGCCUUUGGCAAGACGCACGGUGCUGUUCCCGGCGACAAGAUUGGCCCCGAGCCCAACGCUGCUAGCAUUGAGAACGUCGGUCUUGGCUGGAAGAACGGCUACGGAACCGGCUCUGGCAACAGUUCCUUCACCAGCGGCCUCGAGGUCAUCUGGUCCAAGACUCCCACCAAGUGGAGCAAUGACUUUUUGCACUCUCUUCUCCUCAACAACUGGACACUCGUCACAGCUCCCGGAGGCGGCAAGCAAUGGGAGGCCCUCGACGCCAAGGAGGAAUACCCUGAUCCUUUCAUCAAGGGCAAGUUCCGCCGCCCAACCAUGCUUACCUCCGAUCUGGGACUCAAAGCUGAUCCCAUCUACAACAACAUCUCCACCACCUUCAUGCACGACUUCGACUACUUUACCGAAAAGUUUGCUCUUGCUUGGUACAAACUCCUGCACCGUGACAUGGGUCCCCUUAGCCGUUACCUCGGUCCCGAGCUUCCCAAGAAGCAGGCUCUCCUCUGGCAAGAUCCCCUCCCUACUAGUGACUGCGAGGCCAUCAACGACAGAGACGUUGCCGAUCUCAAGAAGCAAAUCCUGGCUGCCCCUGGUUUGAACAUUUCCAGCCUCAUCACCACGGCUUGGGGCUCCGCAUCUACCUUCCGUAUUUCCGACAAGCGUGGUGGUGCCAACGGUGCUCGUAUUGCCCUUGAACCCCAGGUCUCUUGGCCUUCCAACAACCCUGACCGUCUCAAGACUGUUCUCAAGGCUGUAAGUCUAAUCAUGCAUACCGCAGUUCCUUCUAUUGUACAUGCACAUGGAUUCUAACAGAGUAUACAGCUCAACGACAUCAAGGACAAGUUCAAUGCCCACGACAAGAAGAAGCAGGUUUCGCUUGCUGAUUUGAUUGUGCUCGGCGGUUCUGCUGCUGUCGAAAAGGCCGCUCACGAUGCUGGUAGCCAAGUCACUGUUCCCUUCACCCCCGGCCGCGUCGAUGCCAAGCAAAACGACACAGAUGUCAAGUCCUUUGCCUACCGUAAGUCGAUUCUACUCCCCCCAUCAAAUAUAUUUAGUGCUAACAUAGUAUAGUCGAGCCUGUUGCCGAUGGCUUCCGCAACUAUGGCAAGGGCACCAAGCGCUCCUUGACCGAAGAGAUCCUCGUUGACAAGGCUGCCCUGCUUACUUUGAGCCCUCCUGAGCUAACCGUCUUGGUUGGUGGCCUCCGCGCUCUCGAUGCCAACUUUGAUGGCUCUAGCACUGGUGUGCUUACCGAGACUCCCGGCAAGCUCAACAACAACUACUUCAACCACUUGUUGGACAUGUCGACUGUUUGGUCGCCCGUGUCUGGCAGUGACGAUGAGCUGUUUGAGGGCAAGGACUUGGAUUCUGGCAAGGCCAAGUACACCGCGUCCCGCGCCGAUCUCAUCUUUGCCUCCCACCCUGAGCUCCGCGCUGUUGCCGAGGUCUACGCUAGCUCUGACGCCCAGGACAAGUUUGUCAAGGACUUUGUCAAGGCUUGGGUCAAGGUCAUGGAGCUCGAUCGCUAUGACAUUAAGGGACGCAAGCAGAACAAUGUCCAGUAAGGGAGAGGCAAUGUGGUGCUACCCUGUUUGGGGGUAUUUGUAUAUGAUAGCCGCCUAGCGGUAUGAGUAUCUCAUAGUAUAAAAUGAAUAAUGCAAUCGCUUCUUAGCAUUCUAUUAUUUUUCGUCUUCAAAUUAGGAUUGUCGUCGUAGUGCCGUCAGGAUAUUGAAUAGGUAACGUAAUUUUCGGAUCGGCUUGGAGUUCGUCGAUAUUGGACUUAUUCUGCAGAUAGAGGUAUUGGAGCGACAUUUUGAUGGCAGGCAGAACAGUCUCAGGUAGCGUAACCAUCCAGAAAUUAAUGAGCAUUCGAGGAAAUCGGCGGACAAGAAAGGUGGCAUGCCGCAGCUUCAGGCCGUCGUGAUUGCUGUAGAGGACGUAUAUUGUCGUGGCGCUCUGGAAGAGGAUCAUAUAGAGGGCAUGGCGGAAGAUGGUCUGCCACUGCCUUGUCCAAUCUAUAAAGAGAAAGAGGCCAGUACUGCUGAGUAGCGAGGUGGCCAUAGCAAGCUGGAUAUCGCCAUCCCGUUCGGUUGAGUCAAUUAGCAAUGCAAGCGGGAUGCUAUAGAGGGCCAGGCCAACGCCCAGCUUAGCAAAGAACGUGCCCCAUCUCCCUGGUCGGACGACGGCAUGGUAGAAAAAGUAUAGGGUGGUGAAUAUGCUAGCAAGCGUACCAAUCUCCAUCUGGCUCGGCUCGUGCGGGCGCUGGGAUUCUUGCGGUGUUUUUUUAAAGGUGGUGAUGAUGAC